CCCUCGAACAGUGUGUUCACAGGAACAACAACAGCAAUUCGGUCCAGAAAUAGCAAGUUCCUAACGAGCCCUCUGUGCCUAGCCCCCACCAGUUUGAACCACCCUCCCCUCCGCCUCCCCGUUUCGCUGUCGUCCACCGCCAGCCAGGUCACAAGGCCGGCCAUGAGCAGCUCGCGCUCUCCGGCGGCCGUGGUGGACGAGGGUAAUGCCAAGACGGCGGCGAGGGAGUGGGUCGGGUGGAAAGAGGAGGUCGUGCCGGGGAACGGCGACGGCGAGGAGCGCAAGGUGUGCUACUACCUCCUCUGCGCGCCGCCCCAGGACGGCGGUAAGAGCGAGAGGGAUCUGGCGGUCGUGGGUAAGUACUGGGGAGGCCCUGGGAACAUAGCCUACUCGGCGGACUUGCAGUUCCUGCUGUCCCUCGACAAGGCUCUGGACUCCGAGUCGGCGUCCGAUAGGGUGGAGACGCUGGCGUUGGAGAUCACCGAGCUCCGGUGGAAGUCCAGGAGGGAGGUCAUGGACUGGCUCACCUCGCUCGUCUCAGAUCCUCCAUAUGGAGCCUUUGGAUUGACUUAUCCCGACCACCAUGAUGGUGGUAGCCAUGCAUCUAAGGAUACCCCCUCAACACUAAUUCGUGCUGGGGAGAGCAAAGAAAGGUUCACAUGGAUAUGCCAAUUGCCCCAUCUUGAUCGACGUCGCAAGCAUUACAAAUCCUUCUGCCUCAAGGGAAUGAAAAUUUCGGUUCAUGAUUUUGUGUACAUCAAGAGUGGAGGGAGAGAGUGCCAUGUUGGCUAUCUGGAAGACAUGUACGAAGAUGGCAGCGGGAAGAACAUGGUGCUGGCACGAUGGUUCGAGAAACCCGACGAUGAGCACGGUGCUGUAGUGCCCCCCGAUCUUUAUCGCAGGGAGAUCUUCUUUAGCUAUGGGUUGCAAGAUCUGAAGGCUGAGUUUGUGGAGGGGCGGGCCGCGGUCUUGAAUCCACAGCACUUUGACAUGUUCAAGAAAAUAAGUGCAGGGCGCAGCAGCUGGCAGCCCCAUGUAUGCCGUCGGCAGAUCGACGAUCACACCGUCGAGCCCUUUGACAUCACACAGCUGCAAGGAUAUGUCAACCAGGAGAUAGUAAAGGCAAUUGUUGCCGCAUCGUCCUCGUCGACGGUGGUGCAUGCCAAGUCGCCCAAUAAUAACAAAGGUAAAGCUCCCAUUACUGGUCCGGCCGCCGAGAACCAUGCUGGUUCUUCCAGUGCUGUUACCGGUGACAAGACCACGCAGAAGCAGAAGCAGAAGCCACCUAAUAACAAGGAUAAAACUGUCAUUAUUACUGGUCACGGUUCUUCCAGCACUGUUAUCAUCGGUGACAAAACCAUGGAGAAGCAGAAGCAGAAGCUUACUCCAAUAUGCAGCCCAACUCCUUCCACUUCCAGCACUGUUAUCAUCGCUGACAAAACCAUGGAGAAGCAGAAGGCGAUGCCCCCUCCAUGCAGCGCAACUCCACAGUGCGUCACCAAUGGCCAGGCCGUCGUCGAAAGCAGUGUCGUUCCCCGCAACGCGGUGAACUGUCUGACGGCCGGGCAGAAUCAGCAGCCCCCGAGUGGCAGUGGCAGUGGUAGUGGUACUGGUAAUGCAGCAUGCAAUGAUGCGUCAACCAUGGUGAACCCCGAGAAGCUGUUCCGGCCGGGCUGCCGUCUUGAAGCCCUGUGCCAAGACAGCAGCGUGAGGGGCUGUUGGUACAAGUGCGUGGUGCUCAAGUGGAGGGAGGCGGAUGAGUCGGUCAGGGUGCGGUACCAAGACCUUCCGAAUGCCGAGGGCAAGGGACAGCUCAGGGAAUGGCUGAAAGUGACGAGAACCGCUGAGCCUGACCACCUGGGCAUACGCCUUACCAAAAGGCCCAUGCUCCGCCCACAGCUCCCAACACGCUACAGGAAGAUCGAGUCUCCGGUGGCCGUCGGUGUCGUCGUCGAUGCGCGGAUGCACGGCGGAUGGUGGGAGGGGAUCGUGCUGCAGCAGGAGACCGCUGGCCACGUCAAGGUUUAUCUCCAAGGGGAGGGGAGGCUUGUGGAGCUCGAAGUGGAGUCCCUGCGGAAGUCGUUUGAGUGGCGCGACGAGCAAUGGAUGCCUCUGGAUGCAAGGAAAGACGUCGCAGCCAGGAUAAACCUUGUGCUGAAGAAGAAGGGCGUCCAGCACUCUGCGAUGAAGAAGGCCGGUGGGAGCUCAUCCAAACAGAAGGCUCAGGCUCAGAAGAAGGGCGAGCAGUCCAGCCAGAAGGCGGCGGCCGCAGCAGCCGCAGCCGCAGCCGCAGCGCCAAGCCUAGCAGCACUGUCACUGCUUCAGGUGCAACCUCUGGUGGAAGGAGACGAUGGAUAUGCAAACUCUGUCCCUCCACGGAAGAGGUUCCUGGCCCAGGGCUACUCCUUCGAGGAAAAGAGACUGGAGGCGCAGGCCAAAAAGAGCAAGGGUCCUGCUGAUGAAGCCGCAGAGGAGGGAGAUGGCAAUGGCAUGUCCCGUGGCGGCAGCUCGUCUGAUGCCAAGCGGUGCCGGGUUGAUCUUACAAGCUCUGACGGCCUGAAUGGCGCUGAACGCAAGAGCAAGGCCAGGAAAUCUUCUGGAGCAAAGAAAAUGGUGUCUUCUUCACAGGGCAGCACCCAGGGAGGCGCCGCCGGUGGCUCUGGCUCCAGCGGAGGCGCUGCGUCGGUGAAUCCGGUGCCUAUGGAAGAGAUACGCGUGGCCAAUGGAGAGGCUCCUGUCCAAUCGCCGGUGACGAUCGACCUCACCAUGUAUGACUGAAGCCGGGAGCAGGAUGUGAUCAAGGCUGGCCUCAACUUUCCAUUCAUGAACCGUCGUUUUUCGAACAUUUCCGUGCAUUCUCAUAUCGAUGCGUGUGCUUUUUAUUACCAUUCUAGACAGAGAGUUUCUUGUGCUUUCUGAACUUCAAAUAAAAGGAGACAUUCGUUGUA